GUUCAUUCGUCGUGUAGCCGGAGCUCUCGAGUUCGCUCUCGUCGUUGUGGUACGCGCGUUCUCAUUUCCGUCCGAUCGCUGAGCUGGAGUGUGUUUUUUUCGUUAUUGUUGCUUCUUGCGCCGCGCGGAGUUCAAGACCAAGAUCUGCGAACGGAUCGGAUCGGAUCGGUUCAGCAGCCUGCCAGCAGCCAGUAGUGGCAGUGACCAACACACAGUGUGUGCGAGGAGCAUCCAGUUCCAGUCGGAAUUCAUUGAACUUUCUCGGUCCUCUCACGAGCCUCACCGUGUUUCCAGCACACCAGGAGGAACAGGGCCUGUACGGGGUGGCCAAUAUCGCGCAGUGUGUUCCCGUUGUUCGGGGAAUUGAAAUUGUAAUUGAUUUUAUCUGCCUCGGAAUAUCUCAUACAUAGGUGUUGCGUUUUAGAAGUUGUUGGAGAUUUGGUGUGGAAUACGUGUGCGCUAGUUAUGUAUUGUGUGUGACCUCGAUACUCGAUUUUUUUUUUCGGAUGCGAACCUGGUGCUGCGCGCAUUGCUGCGAUUUUUGUUCCUUAUCAAAUUCAAGUGUAUAUAAAAUUUCAGCGACACUAUUUCGCUAGAUACGACACUUUUUCCACCAGUUGAAGGUUGUGUUUACUCACUCAAAGGGGUUCUGUCUGUUAUCACCGCAGUUUAUAGUAGUGUGGCGACGACGAGUGUUGGUGAAAGAUAAAAAUACAAGCUCGCCAUAAUUAUCAGCCAGCGCGCUACCGUUGCACUGUGGAAGAAGAAGGCCUUUUUGAUUUGCGAAGUAGAGUGUGCUCGGCCAAGAAGACGAUGAGGUGUUCGGUAUCGUUAUCGGGUUGUUGAAAAAAUUUACGGAUCGAGUGCUAGUGCAUUAAAGAUUUACCGUUUUUAACUCGCUGGAGAAAAAACCGCGCAAGAGGAAGGUGAACAGAUCCGGCCGAAAAUUCCAAGCAGUGUGGUGUGUGCUUCAGUGUGUGUUUUGUGUGGGGUGCAUAGGAAGUAGACCAACUAAUAUCCCUCAAAGAGAGAUACAGCAAAGAGAGAUCUCGUCCGGUUUGAUUGGGCGCCAUUUCUGUAUCCUGACCAUCUCUCCUUCUGAAUUUUGCUAAUCCGACCAGGCGCGUGUGCGACGCAUCCGAACCCAAAUGCCUUUGUUCAACAAGAAGAGUGCCAAAAUCUCUAACCCAUCCCCUCCCAUGACGAAAGAUCCCCACCACCAUCUCUUCUACGAGAACAACAACAGCUACAACAGCAACGGCAAAAACCUGGCCACGGGAACCACGAUGCCCACGGCGCCGCACAUCGACGACCUGAACCACGAGAGCAACGUGACCAAGCCGCAGCUCGUGUUCAACUGCCAGCUGGCCCACGGCAGCCCGACCGGGUUCAUCACCGGGUUCGCCAGCGUCAAGGAGCUCUACCAGAAGAUCGCCGAAUGCUACGACUUUGCGAUGGAUGAGAUUCUAUUCUGCACGCUAAACUCGCACAAGGUCGACAUGAGCAACCUGCUGGGCGGUCAGAUCGGCCUCAAUGAUUUCAUCUUCGCACACAAAAAAGGCCGACCGAAGGAGGUGGAAAUAGUGAAAUCGGAAGACGCCCUCGGACUGACCAUCACCGACAACGGUGCCGGAUAUGCGUUCAUCAAGCGGAUCAAAAGCGGCAGCGUCAUCGACCGGAUCCAGCACAUACAGGUCGGAGAUCACAUCGAAAAGCUGGACGGUGUCAAUGUGGUUGGCAAGCGACAUUACGAGGUGGCCCGCAUGCUGAAGGAUAUUCCUACUGGAUCGACGUUCACGAUUCGAUUGGUCGAGCCGAUGAAGAGUGGUUUCCAGGGUAUUGCACCGCGUAAAGGCGGUGCCAAACAGUCGAAACCGGGUGGCUACGGCAGUGGAAAGGAAACGCUUAGGUUUAAGGCUAAUGGCAAUGCCGCCAUUGAGGACGAGCACGACGAUGCAACACAGUGUGGAAUAGAUGCCAUCAAUACACUGCUAGAUUCGUUUAUGGGAAUCAACGACACAGAACUAGCGACGCAGAUCUGGGACCUAGGAAGCAAUAAAACCAACUCGAUGGACUUUGCCGAAGCGAUUGACGCGUCCGACCUGGAAGCCUUUGGAUUCACCGACGACUUUAUCAUCGAACUGUGGGGUGCAAUCACCGAUGCUCGACAGGGUCGUCACCGAAGAUAAGUAGGUUAGAUACCUAGCGUGUGUGCGAUGGUGAUGAUGAUGAAUCAACCCGCGCGAAAAGUAACAUAGCAAAUAGCAACCGCCAAGCCAAUCGCGCUGUACUGAAGCGUAUCUCUGUAUCCCCCUGUCUCCUUUUCCGUAAAUAGAAAAAAAAAAAAAAAACAAAAGUAGAUUGGAUUUAGUUUCUGAACAAUGGAUAUUUGUCGUCGCUUUCGUCGGAAUGUUAUUGAUGAAGUUAUUUAUAAUCAAAAAUCCUAUAUUUUCCACCCCUGUAGCAACGAAAGCGAUUACAAAAAGUACCCAAAAUCAUAAUAUUAAUAGCAUUUAUGUUUGUCAUGAAAACCAGAGGAAAGCAUUCCCUCGGGAACGACCAAUACUUAUGAUGAAUCGUGUAGCUAGAACAAAAAAGAAACGAACAGCAACUCAAAACAAAUGAAAAAGACAUUCAUUAAUGUGAAAGUGAUAAUAUUAGUAAUUUUAAACUACUAUUAACGUUAUUCCGCAGAAGAAGCUGCAGGAGAAAAAGUGUACUUACAGAUGCGUCGGAAGUCGGAGUCGGUCCGCAUUCCGAGAAAGAUUAUGUAGAUUUUUAUUUAUCGACUGGAGCAGGAGAACGGAAAUCAAGUCAUGGAUGAUGUUAUUUUAGCUGUUUAGAGCAAUGAAAAAAGAAAGUGUCGAUAUGAUUCUUGUACGAUUAAGCAAUGAUCAACGUUUAGAAAUACAGAGUUAAGAGAUAAACU